GUGUGUAUGUGUUUGGGACGAUAUUUGGCCAUCAACAAAGAUAACCCGCUGUUUAUCUGGGUAUGCAGCGGCUUUGCAGAUACUAGUCGCUGCACUUAUGUUAUAUGUGUUAAUCAAAGAAGAUCAAGGUCCCCUCGCACUUGGUGUAGCAAUAGCAAUAUUUGUUUUAUUAAUCUUAUUGGUAAUCCUGCUAAUCUAUGGAAUUUGGAAGCAACACAAGACUGUAUUGAAAGUGUAUUUCGUGUGUUAUGCAAUUUCUGGAAUUGGAGCUAUUGUAUUUUUAGUACUCAAUGCCUUCCAUCUAAUUGAGUGGAGCGAAAAUGAGAAGUCUCAUUAUUGUUGGUUUGCGUAUGUACUUGCAACAUCAUUUACAGGUAUAUACGCAUAUUCAUUAGGCGUACUGUACUUUUACAUAUCAUUUUUAAAUGAUGAACCAUUGUAAUGUGGGAGUGCGUAUAAAUCCAUAUUUAAAGAUAACAUGUUGACAAAAAAUUAAAUUAAAAUAAUCAAAAUAAAUUUU